AUGUCGGAGCAGGCGUUCCUCGCGGGGCAGGGCCACGGGCACGCCCAAUGGUACACGGGAGGGUACGACUCCAAGCAGUACCAGGGCUAUUCCGGGGGCAUGGCACGGGGCGGGUCGUUCUCCAACCUGCAGGACGAACCACCUCUCCUCGAAGAGCUCGGCAUCGACGUCCAGGGCAUCUUCCGGCGAGCCGUCGCGGCCCUUCAGUGGAACCCGAGCCUCGCCGCGAUGCGCGAGCUCGACAUGGGCGGCGCGCUGCUCAUCGUCAUGGCCGUCGGCGCCACACAGCUCCUCAUGGCGAAACUCCACUUCGGCGUGCUGCUCGGGUGGAGCGUCAUCGCCGCGACGGCCAUCUCGUGGAUGGCGCGCAUGGUGUCGGGGGGGAGUCCGAACGUUCUGUCUGUCUACAGCACGCUCUGUCUGCUUGGGUACUGCCUGAUGCCUAUGGUCGUGCUCUCGUUCGUGGCGCUCGUGCUGCCGCACGGGCUCCUCCUGCACACCAUCGCCGCGCUCGCCGCGGGGUGGUCGGCGCACGCGGCGGCGCUGGUCCACGUGGGGCUGUCGGAGGGGUUGGCGCAGCACAAGUGGAUCAUAUUCUACCCCUAUCUGUGCUACUUCGCGAUCAUGGCGCUGCUCGCGUGCUACUGA